AUGAUCAGCGAAAAGGAUAGGUUCUACGCCACUAGUGGUGAUAUCACGCCAGAUGGACCGAGCGUGUGGCAUAUCUUAGAUUGGGACCAGCGGCGCAACAUAUCCGUUAAAAUGUCCCAAGAGCUCGAUGACGAGGAGCCCGCCAUUGAGCAGCUCAAGAAACAUAUCGAUGAAAUCGAUCCCGACAUUUUCCUGAUCCACGUUUCGCCCAGUGGCAGGCUGAUAUCCAGCUCCAAAGACCCCAAGUAUGACCAGGCCAUGUCUGUUUAUUAUCCUCCCAUCAAGGAAGUGACACCUGUGGAGGGACGUAACCCAAUUCGACGCUCAGAACUCAUUGAAAUUGAUCGGCUUGGCCCUGGCACUGACUUGGUGUUGCAUGCAUCCACAGGGGCUAAGCUGGAGUUUAAAUAUUACUGGGACCGAGCUUGGAUGUUCCGAAUCUGGGAUGAGAUGAAUCUGUGGAGACGCCUUCCGUGGCACCCGCAGAUCGCAGUCUUUGAAAAUAUCGUUGUCGACGAGGGAGGUUCGAAGGUCAUCGGAUUCACAACGGAAUCAACACAUGGGGCGUCGCUCAAAGACCAGAAGCGGCCAACAUUCAAACUCAAAUGGCUCAAACAGUUAAUCAAUGUCGUCGAUGACCUUAACCUGAAGUACGGCAUUCAGCAUCAGAACAUCUCCACUGAGACCAUCAUUGUCGACAGUGAGAAGGACUCCAUCAAACUAACGAACUUCAACGUGGCCGUUCAUGUUGGGUCUGAGGAUCUCUUUGGCGCCCGGGACGACAUACUCGGUGUGUCCUCUACGGUGUAUGAAUACAUCACUCGCAGAGGAGAUUACGACCAGCGAGGUUUUAAAAACAUCAAGGCCAAAAAUUGGGUCCAACAUCCCGAAGUCAUUCUAGAUGCUCCCGGCCCCCAGUUCCAUGCCUUGAUCAAGGAGUGGCAAGACCGCCGGGCCUCGGGGCCCCAAAUUCUAUCUUAUAAGGCAGCGCCCGAACACAUCGAGUGGCCGGUCAUGACCGAGCCUGAGCCCAUCUCUCGCUCAUAUAUCAUGCAGGAUGGAUCAACCCGCUCGAAGUCCAUUGUCACUUACUGCGAGCGGCGAAUUGACGCCCUUGCGAAUGGAAGAGAGGUUUUGAACUGGGAAAGACCUCCGCAGUCCAAAUUAGCCAAAGGAGAGAGGGUUCUCGCGACGGGGAAGAGGGUUGAGCAGCGAGAGUCGAGCGCCACAAACGGUACGCAUGAGGAGGAGAAGAAGGAAGCGCCGGCAAUGUGCCCUAUGGGGAUGAUGAAGAUGCAGUCCGGUGGGUAUUCGAUGGAUGACAUGGACGAACUGCUCAAACUCUGCCCCUUUUCUGGCCGCAAGGCUUGA